GACGUGGAGAGGACGCGUCUCUCACACAGUCAGCCACAGAAAAGAUGGCCGCCUCCAUUGUGCAGGAGACGAAGAGCCUGAGCGAUGGUGAUUAUCGCGGCUUCAGCCUCCGGCACAAUGGCACAGAUACCGGGGAAGAGGACAGCGAAAUCCCGCAGUAUGUGGCCGAGCUGAUAGAGGCAGAGAUAGGGUGCGAUCUGAAAGCGCUGAAGAAAGUGAGCGGGCUGCUGGAGCGGAUGAGCAAAGAAAAGAAACAGCUGGAGGAGCAGGUGCUGACGGCGUCUUCCUCUGUGCCUCUGAAGAUGGAGGCAGCUCUGUGCCGGGCAGGGGAGGUGCAGAGGGCUCUGGAGGUGCUGCUGGACAGGGAGACGGGCGUCUCCAACACUGUAUCUCAGCACCUGGAGGGGGCGCAGCCCUGGAUGGACAAGCUGAUCCUGAGGCUCUCCCAGAUAGACGAGACGGAACACUACCUCAGCUACCUCAAGUGGAUCGCUCGCAUCGAGGAGCUCAGUGACACUAUCCAGCAGCACAUCAUGACUAGUAAUGUGUGGGAGGCGGCCAGUGGUCUGGUUGCCAUGGCUGAGCUGGACAUCCAGCUGCAGGACUCGAGCUGUGGACACCUGCUGUCCUUCAUCAGAGACACGGUCAGGUUCUGGCACAAGAUCCUGAAGGACAAACUAACCAGGUGAGUGAGUGACCACUUCAGGGAAGGCAGCGUGGCUUCAUUGGUAUUGUCAGUAGGGGCCAACGGGACAGAGCUGCACAACCAGCUGGAGUCUCUCUUCACACAGCUGCUCAAGCUGCAGACCUCAGAUGACCUCAUCACAGAGCAGAGGCAGCUCCCGGAGAGGUGCGGCCUGCCCCCCUCUCCCCCCCUCGCCCUGCCCAUCCAGAUCAUGCUGCUGCCGCUGCAGAAGAGAUUCAGAUACCACUUCACAGGGAACCGGCAGACCAACGUGCUGAGCAAGCCGGAGUGGUACCUGACGCAGGUGUUGAUGUGGAUCGGGAAUCACUCUGAUUUCCUGGAGGAGAAGGUGCAACCCAUCCUGCUGAGAGCCGGCUCUGCCAUCGAUGCCAGGCUGCAGUUCUCAAGCGGGCUGCUCACUCUGGCCCUGGAGAAGCUGUCCUGUGAUGCUCCGCGGCUGCUCUACGACGAUGUUCUCUUCUGUCACCUGGUGGACGAGGUCCUGCUGUUCGAGAAGGAGCUGCGAGGCACACACGCCUAUCCCAGCAGCCUCCCCGGUGUUCUGCACAUCCUCACUGAGGAGACCAUCUUCCAGAAGUGGCUUGCCGUCGAGAGGAAGUUUGCUCUGGAGAAGAUGGACUCCAUGCUGUCCUCCGAGGCUGCCUGGUCCUCCCAGUACAAGGACAUCAGCGAUGUGGACGAGAUGAAGGCACCGGACUGUGCCGAGACCUUCAUGACUCUGCUGCUGGUCAUCACCGACCGGUACCAGAACCUGCCCUCGCCCCGCUGCAGGCUCAGCUUCUUGGCGCUGCAGAAGGAGCUGGUGGAUGACUUCCGGAUCCGACUGACCCAGGUGAUGAAGGAGGAGAGCCGGACCCCGCUGGGCCCGCGGUACUGUGCCAUCCUCAAUGCUGUCAACUACAUCACAGCCGUGCUGGCAGACUGGGCAGACAGUGUGUUCUUCCUGCAGCUGCAGCAGGCGGAGUUGGAGCUCGGUGCAGAGGGCCCCUCGUGGCCCCUGAGCCCCACGCAGGCUGGCCGCCUGGCCUCUCUGGAGGGCUCCGUCUUUGAUGAGAUGAUCACACUGCUGGAGAGGCUGCGGCACGACAUGAUAGGCAGACUGGUGGAGUUCAUCCUGCGAGAGGCCAGGGAGCGAGCAAAGCCCUACUGCAGAGAAAGGUGGCUGUCUCUUCCCUCCCAGUCGGACCAGGCUGCGAUGUCGCUCUCCAGCUCAGCCUGUCCCAUGAUGCUCUGCCUGCGGGACCACAUGCUGCAGCUGCAGCAGAUGCUCUGCUUCCCACUGUUCAAGAGCUGCUGGCAGGCACUGUCUGAGAGACUUGACCUGUUCAUCUACCAGGACGUGAUCCUGUCCAAUCAUUUUAAUGAAGGUGGUGCUGCUCAGCUGCAGUUUGACAUGACCAGGAAUCUGUUCCCUCUGUUCGGACACCACUGCAAGAGACCCGAGAACUACUUCAAACAUGUGAAGGAGGGCUGCAUCGUGCUAAAUCUCAAUGUGGGCUCUGCUCUGCUGCUGCGUGAUGUGCUCAGGCAGGGGGGCAGUGAGACAAACUCGCUCCUGGACCCCAAGCAGCCCUCCCCCGUCGCCACCCUCAAUGAGCUGGGCAUCUUCCGGCUGGCUCCCAGUGACGUGGAGAUCCUGCUGAGCCUGCGCACACACUGGCCAGGGCAGUAGAGCAGGGCAGAGGGCAGAGGAUCCAUGUUUACAGUGAACAUAACCAGGAAGUGCUUGUCUAUGAGAUGCUUUAUAAAAUAUCAGUGCUGUUCCUUGAUCAAAGACCAGAGUCUGUCUGUCUGUCUAAAUUUGUCUUCCAUUGGGAUUCUGAACAUUGUUAUCCUGCAGUAACACAACCUUGCUGUCCAGCUUGGGCUUUGCUGCGCUUUUUACCUGGAGCAGAGAGAAGGAGAGGUUGGGGUGAGAUUCAGUUCAGUGUGUGCUGGGUUAGGGUUGGGGUGUGAUUCAGUUCAGUGUGUGCUGGGUUAGGG